CCUUAGCCGUAAGUGUCUCUCUCUCUCUCUCUUUGUAGUAUUCUCUCAAUCAAUCCUAUGGAUAUGGAGGAGAAAGGUUGGGAGAGGCUAGAGCUUGAUGGUGAAUUUCAGAUAUGUUACUGUGCUGCAGACGAGUGGGAUGAGGUGAGGUGUUACAUCAUCAAGGUCCCUGACCCUGAAGCCUGUCCUCCUACUUUAUAUUUUUCAUGUCCUUUACUGAACCUAAAGGAUAAGAAAAAGGAAUUUAGCUUCACCCCAAAGAGGCUCAAUCCUAUUUCACAAUCCAAGGAACCUUGCCCCUCUAGAUACUUCACACUUUUAGGCAAUCUUCUGUAUUCUGUUGGUGGCCUAACAAAAGACACUGACGACACUGACCCUGAUAGUGUUACAUAUUUUCGGAGUAGAGAAGUUUGGACCCUCGACCUUACAUGUCCUGAGGAGGGUUGGAAGGCUGCUCCAUCCUUGAAAUAUGGUAGACAAAACCCUCAGACCAUUGUUGUCGACGGUAAGCUUUAUGUCUUUGGGGGUUUCGGUUGGGAAAUGGAAAUCGAAGGUUCGGUUGAGUGGAUGGAGGUUUUUGACCCCAGUUUGGGAAGGUGGGAAAGCCUACCAAACCCCCCCUCUUAUUGCGAAUUCCGUGGUGAUCACCUAAUCCUAUACGCUCACUUGGAGGCCAACAACGAGAUUAUGGUAACUAAACCACCCACAAAAGAUGGAUACGAAUGGGAUUUUGUUGAAAUCUUUAGCUACAAUGUCAGGUCUCGUUCCUGGAAUGAGUUGUUUCAGCCUUCCGAGCAACGGAUACUGAUUAACCCACAUAUUAAAUGUGGAAGAGCUCUAGCUAUUGGUAAUACUCUCUAUUGGGCUUGCAUCUCUCAUAAAGAACUCAGUAUCUACGCAUUUGAUUUAGAUAAGAAAUUGUGGGCUAGUGAAUAUCUCUACACUAGAAAAAUUUUUGGGGAGCGUGAACGUUUGUAUGUAACUUCUGGUGCUGGUUUUGUCCACUUAUCUGGUCUGAAAUUCUGCCUUAUGUCGCAGUCCGUCAACGUCGACAAAUUUUCUCGGUAUCUUUAUUGUUUUGUACUUGACCUUUCUGCAUUAUUCCACGGUGUUCUCAACAAGGACAGCAAUGAGGACGACGAGGACGACCAGCACAAGGAGGAUGAUGAUGGUUCCGUGAAGUCUCAUCUAUCGAUUCUUUCCAUUCAGAAAUACUUGUUCGAUACUGAUGUACGCUUCUUGGACUGCAUGAUUAUCAAAUGAAGGAACUCAAUCACCAAAGAAGUAGAACCAAAGAGAUCAAGGAAAGGAAGUGUAACGAUCAAAGAUUAAUAUGAUAGAGGGCUUAGUAUGCAGUCUUAAAUAGGUAUUCUAUAUUCAGUAUUCUUAUUCGUCCACCUUUCAGAAAAUAUGACAUUGUCAAAUAUUCCCAAAGUAACUCUUAUUAAUAUUAAUAUCUUAAGAG